AGUUGUGAAGCAGGCCAAUAUUGCAAGAAUCGAGGACGAGAUGGAGAUCGUACUAAUAGGCGAAAUCCAAAAAAUUGUUGGGACCGCUGUCAUCGUUCAUCCUCUGUAGAUGGGCAUUCACGUGUGCUCGAUACAGACAGUCUACUAGUCUUCGAGGAUAGGACUGUGUUAGGUUAGUGAGUCCCGUUUCUUUCCUUGUUCCAAGACAACACCAGUAAAUUCCGCCAGUUAUUCGAGUCGUUUGGCCCGGUCAGGCGACCCAUGUAUGUCGUGCGAUUCGAUUCGGAGUCAGACAUUGACACCGAAAGGGUACAAGCCCAGAGAAAGGUGUUCCACGUCCCCAAACGAAGCACAUUCCUUCACACUUGGCAAUUGCGCUCGAAAGGAUGCGACGCGAGCAAUAUCGAGAACGACUUCAGUGAUGACGAACAAGAAUCGAGGCACCGGCGAAUGCUAAAAAAGCCAAAUCGGACGCGAAAUGGAAAGGGAGACAAUUUCCCCUUGCAAAAAAGUUUGUUUCCUGGUGAUCCGACACCGGAAGAACAGGAAAUAUAUUAUGGUGAUGCUGACGAGGGCACACUGUACCCACCUCUGUCUACCCCGCAACGGCCGGUGCCUUCUGCCUAUGAGGAGUUCUCGCCGGGCGACCAGCCCAAUGGCCUUAUCGAUCCUGGAGACGUCUCGCAGCAAGAUAGCUACAUGCGCCGAGUGGGGUAUGGACGAAGUCACCACGCCGGACACUCAAGACCGGGCGACAGUUCACCUGGACACAUAAAUAACUAUGACCCCCGUAAUCCGGUCACCGGUAGACCGAUGUCCCCCACGUCUUUGGCUAUUGCAAAAGCAACUGGCCAAUGGAACGACUUGCCUAUUGGGCAGAAUGUCCCCGAAUUUGGAAAUCAUAGCCCUUGGAUCGCAUUUGACAACAUGGCGUUGCCGCUCAGAACCCUUUCUUUGGGAACUGCCACUCCCCAACCAACGCAGCCCUAUCAACAACAAAGGACACCAUUCGGUGCCGCAUACGAUCCAAAAUAUCCUGGGGCGUCACAUGCGCAAUCAUAAAACAUACAUUUCGAGUUUGGGUAGAGCGAGGCUCGUGGUCUUUUUUUUGGAUACUUGUACAUAUAUUGUUAUUUUCGCCCAUACGACUCCGAAACUUUGCAAUACCG